GAGGAGAGGAAAUGAGGAUACCGGCAUAUCUCGCGCUUUGUCAGUGAGGUGUGAUUUUUGGGAAGUGGUUUCAGCAAAAGGAACAAGAGAAAAAGGACAUGAAAAAUCACAGCUCAGCCAAGAGAAAAACAUCACACUGUAUCACAACAGGCGCCUGAAGAAAUGCAAGCAGACAGACUGACACAUGCUUGCACGAGGAGCAUCUUUGUUGUGUUUUCCUGAAUGCCGGACAUCUCAGGAGGAGGCAGGAAAAAAAGCCAGGAAGCCUAGCAGCACCACGCAAAACUGAUGACAUUUAAAGCUGAGAAGAAAACUUAAUCGCUUAAUUGCAAUGGAGCAGCCUCUUUUGAGAAGAGAGUCAGCCCGGUGCUGCUGUUCCUACAGCACCCUGAAGGUGUGGCUGCCUAUCCUGUCAUGGCUGCCAAAGUACAACCUGAAAUGGCUGCAGAUGGACAUCCUCGCAGGUCUCACCGUUGGGCUGACAACUGUCCCACAGGCUCUGGCUUAUGCUGAAGUGGCCGGCCUUCCUGUGCAGUUCGGACUCUACUCUGCUUUCAUGGGGGGCUUCAUCUACACCUUUCUGGGGACUUCUAAGGACGUGACCCUGGGACCCACAGCCAUCAUGUCCCUCUUGUGUUUCUCGGUGGUGGGAGGGCAGCCUCACCGAGCUGUACUGCUCAGCCUCCUCUGUGGAGUCAUCCAGGCUGUGAUGGCGUUACUGAGAUUAGGUUUCCUUCUGGACUUUAUCUCCUUUCCUGUAAUUAAAGGGUUCACGUGUGCUGCUGCAGUAACCAUUGGAUUUGGCCAAGUCAAAAAUAUUCUGGGAAUCCAGGGUGUUUCUCAAGAGUUCUUCCUGGAGGUUUACUAUACGUUCCAUAAGAUCCCUGAGGCCAGGAUUGGUGAUGUGGUCCUUGGUCUGCUUUGUCUCACUCUGUUGGUCAUGUUGAUGUUCAUGAAGUCGAGUCUAACCUCUGAUGAUGACUCCACCUGCACCACGAUUGCCAGGAAACUAGUGUGGGCUAUAGCUACCAUGCGUAACGCCCUGGCAGUCAUUGCUGCAUCCCUCAUAGCAUUUUCCUGGGACAUAAAUGGUAAUCAUGUGUUCACAAUCACUGGAAAAACUACCCAGGGACUCCCACCAUUCAGGCCUCCACCCACCUCGGACACCACAGCCAACGGCACCUUCGUCUCCUUUGGAGAGAUUGUGAAGAGCUUUGGAGGAGGGCUAGCAGUGAUCCCCUUCAUGGGCCUGUUGGAGAGCAUUGCUAUUGCGAAAGCAUUUGCCAGUCAGAAUGACUACAGGAUCGAUGCCAACCAAGAGCUGCUGGCAAUUGGUGUGACCAACAUCAUGGGUUCCUUUGUGUCAGCCUACCCUGUCACAGGAAGCUUUGGGAGGACAGCAGUGAACUCCCAGACUGGCGUUUGCACUCCAGCUGGAGGGAUUGUCUCCAGUGUGAUAGUGUUGCUUUCAUUGGCGUUCCUCAUGCCGGCCUUCUACUACAUCCCCAAAGCUUCUCUAGCUGCUGUCAUCAUCUGUGCAGUAGCUCCAAUGGUGGAUUACCGUGUGGUGGUUAAGAUGUGGAAGAUACAUAAGCUGGACCUGCUGCCUUUUGUCGUGACGUUCCUGAUGAGUCUCUGGCAGGUGCAGUACGGCAUCAUAGGAGGCAUAGCUGUGUCUGGAGUCCUGCUGCUCUACACCAUGGCCAGACCCAAGAUAAAGGUGUCUGAUCAUGGCGUGCUGGUGAUGGAGUUGAGCAGUGGCCUCACAUUUCCUGCAACAGAGUAUCUCAGCCACAUCAUGCACACUCGGGCUCUGCAGGUGUCUCCUCCGCGGUCUGUGGUGCUGGACUGCUGUCAUGUCAGCAUCAUUGACUACACAGUGAUCAGCCAGCUGAGGGACCUGCUGAGGCAGUUCAAACUACGAGAAGUGCAUCUGAUCUUUGCCGGAUUGCAGCCCUCUGUUCUGAAGGUUCUGCUAGCAGCUGAUCUGAAGGGCCUCAGGUACACUGACAGUGUGGACGCAGCACUGCAGAUGGAGUCGAGGAACCUCCUCGAUGACUGACGCCAAAACAGUCUACUCACAGUCUGGAGAGAAGAUGCUUGAUGCUCGACAGAAGCAAUGUAGCAACAACACUGAUCAUUGAUGCCUCCUAUCUGGGAUUACAAGGCUGUUAAGACCUUAAAAAGUCAUCAACUACCUCCAAGGAGUGAUUUAUUUGCUGCAACAGCCACUGACCAAGUGAAGUCAACCUGGAAUCUCCUCAACUUGAUUUUGGAAAUGGGCAAUCUGUUAAGUUUGCAAACACUACAUUAUCCACUGCACAACAAGUUUGGAGCAAAAGUCUAAUACAAUGUGGGAGAGAAAAAAUAUAUAUAUAAAUGCAUUCAUAUAUGCUUUGUAAAAGUAAUAGUGGAUGUAUACAGUAUAAUUUUGCUAGGCUGAAAUGUGCUGAGAGAGACCAAAUAUGUUUUAUAAGAUUAAGAAGUUACUGAUUAAUGAACUGAACAAAGUAAGACUAACACAGGAGUAAUUUUAUUUAUAUGUGUAAAAUGUAGUGUAAAACAAUACAGUCUCUUAUGUUGGAAUAGAAAUGCUUCUAAGAAGAAGAGGGAAAUUCAUGUCUGACAUAGCUCAUCUGCUAUUUGUAUGAGAACUGAAAAGCCUGAUGGCUGUGGGUACAAAUGAUUUUCUGUAUCUCUCUGGUUAGAGAGGAGUCUUCCAGUACUUAUGUUUUUAGUUCCAUAAAGAUUUUGUAAAGUGGGUGAUCAGAGUUGUUCAGGAUGUCGUCUAAUGUCUUUAGUGUGCAUUUUUGUAAACCUAGAUAUUUAUAUUUUGUUACCACCUCUAUGUCUACCCCACAAACCUUCACUGGCUGGAGAGGGGGCCAAGGUGGAGAAAAAGGCAAAACUUUUAAAACUUUGCUCAUUAUAAAUAAAUGGAUCCAGUCUUGAGGCAGACAUGGUGUACACAGCCUCCAGGCCCAUGACAGCUGGGACAGGAUCUCUAGUUGAUGAGUGGUUAAAAACACUGACACAUUGAUGAGUGAGUUAUAUUUUUAACUCAAAUCACCACAUUUAUACAGAGAUUUCUACUAAAUAAAACAUUACAUGA